AUGCGAUGGAUGCUCAAUCAUCUUAAAUUGAGGGGCCUCCACAAAGCAGUCGUGUUUUAUCGCACGUCCUCUUGGAGUAUCCGCAAUGACGUCAGGAAUUUGAAUUGCGUGACGCGUUAUUCUGUACUCACUGGUGGCUACCGCCAAGAACUACGAUACAGGGAUUGUUAUAGUUCCAGUUUUUUAAACCAGCAGAAACGUUUUUAUUCGGUAAGUAAAACACUUCGUCUACUCAGUAAGUUACCUUUAUCCCAUAGGCCUUAAUUUCCGUCUCAGGUCACUGAACGUGUACAACUGGUUCCUAAAUUAAAUACAUUGGGUCGCCGAAGCCGGCCGCGCACGAGGCCACUAUUGUAUUCGAUUUUGCAUGUUUUUAGAACCCAAAGAAUAUCCUGUCACUUCUCUGUAUGUCAUUGAAAAUGCAUAUUAUUUUCUGGUACUUCGAUUUGUAGAAUGCCAAUGUUUAGAGUUUUUUUUUUUGUCUGCGUGUAAGUUAGCUAUUUAGAGUAAAUGGCUUUUCCGCCAUUUUUUUAUUGUUGACAUAUUAAGGCAUACGGUUAACGACUAAAUCUGUUGAAGUUGGCAGUGUAUUCUGCCCUACGAAGGUAUUUGCUUGGACCAUUCUUACGGGAUCAUAGCUAGGGUACCAGUUCUUGAUCUAAACGUUGUGCAAUCGAUGCCAUGACGACCUUCUGCACAUGUCAUCUACUUGCCCCAGGGGAAUAUGGGGUGGUUUAGAUUCUCUGCAACAGGGGAGUGGAAAAUUUAUUCAUUGUUUUUUUUAGUUCAGACGAAACAGGUGUGGAAAUUUGCAAUUUUGUUAACACCGUGGAUGGCAACCACGGCGGGGUGGUGGGGGGGAGGGGUUCACUGGGCUUGGUUCCUCAAAUCUAGCUGGCAGAAUCACAAUGCUUAGUCCUUUUUGGCGUACAGUGUAGCAAGCUGCAAAGGAUUUUUACCCAUCUGUUUUCAAUUUUAUAGGGAAUUUAUUCCACCGGCAGGCAAGGCCCUAACCAUUCCUGUUUAUCGGGUUCAUGCAUGGUGAUUGGUUGAGGUCAAACACAAAACAAAAUUGACUUGACCUAGAGAUACUGGAAAUGAGUAGAAGUUGAACAAUUUUUUGAUGGCAGGGGCACCCAACAACGAUUCCCUCCUACAUACAUUGAAAACACUUUUUAGGCUAUCCAGAGUACUUUUAGAUCUCUAGAAAUGCAUUCUAAGCGGCGCUAUAAAAUUUGUAUCUGUUCGGUCAUCCUAGGGUAACUUGAAUCUGUUCAAAAUUAUUAGGGUUACAGUAGUACUUCCUGAAAAUUUUAGAUGCAAUUUAAUGUUUUACGAAAAGGAGAAUUUUCUAAUUUCUCUCUUCAUCCCCUUUUUGAAUCCAAUAAUUUUAGGUUUCCUUUUUACUGUGAAAAUAACCUAACCUGGGGAGUAAAAAGUAUAUAAAAAAAAAUAAAACUUCAGUGAAUCGUACAUGGCAGAUUUAUUGGUAAAGCUUCGAAAAUUGUACAUGAAUGGAACAGUCAUCUAGAAAUGUUUAGCUGUCCUCAAGUUAUAGAAAAUUCUAGGCAAUAUUUGCUUAGAAACUCCGAACAGAUAUUUUAAAGGAAACAGUCAUUGAGUGCUCCUGUUUGUGGCAAUUGGCCAAAACAAAAUUCAGUAAUAAAUAAUGCAUGGCAAGACAGCAAAAAAAUAAAAUUAUUCAUUUAUUUGAAACAUUCAGCAUACAAGUCUUGACAUUCUUAAACUCUGAAAGAGUGAAGCGGAUUCUGUCCAGUAAAAAUUCAUUAUUUUAAUGUCCUGGUUUCAAUCUACCCGGAGAGCCAAAGAAAAAUGUUUAUUGCAUCGCACCAGCGAUCAAAUCAGGGCCAUCAAAACCUGUAUUUAAAGAAAUAUAAACUCCAAACUCCAGGGUUAAGAAUCCCAACUGGCCAGGGGUAGACCAGCUAACUAUUUACAAGCGUGGCCAAGGAAUUGAACUCGGGGCUACCGUGAACAAGUCCAACUAGCGGUCAGAGUGAGACUUGAGCUCAGGGCCUACGAGUUGCAAGUCCAGCGCUCUAACCACUCAGCCAUACUGCCUCCUAGCAUUAUGAAUUUGUUUCUUAAUCAGCUCUUGAAAACAACCCUAAGUGAGCCUGUCAACAUCUGUGAGCAAAUUAAAAUUGCAUUAAGUCCCAACAGUGUGAAAAUGGCAGGGAUCAAAACACCUGAUGAGUGAUUUUGCCAUGGCAUUGAAUCACAUAUACCUGUCUCCGAGCUUGUGGUUGCUUGUUGGAUCGUAAUUAGAAAUGAUGCAAGCAUUUGUGCAUCGAUCCCUGGAAACUUUCCAGGAGAGAUGAAAUACUGCAUUUUGCCACUUAUAAGAACAAGUAUUCGAUAAAAAAUAUCAUAUAAAAAAGCACUAAGAACUUGAAGUGUAAAUUUUGUUAUUAACAUCAAAACAUCGAGUUUCUGUUUACCUUUCCUUUAAAAACAUAAGUAGGCCUUAAAUCACAAUAAUAUUAUUAUUAUCUCACUCAUGAUUACACUGCUGAUAUAGAAAGGGGAAAAUGUAUUAAUAGUAAAUUUAAGACUUGUGAACCAAAUGCCACUUUGAUCUAUCUGAUAAUAUAGUGCCAAAAAAUUGAAAAGUACGUGCUGACGCUGAAUUUACAGACUGUAACAUUUUGUGGCAAUACAAACGGGUCUAUUGAUAUCUGGCAAGUUAGAAUAUGCAAGUUCUUUGUCACUGCUAUGGCAAUGUUAACAAAUUUAAGAGACUUUGCCCAAUGUUCCUAAGGUAAAAACAAAUCAGCAGUAACCUUUUUUAUCAUUGUUUGCUAUUUUUUGUCCAUAUAAUGUACUUUAUAAUUAAGUGUACAAAUGUGAUUGAAUCCUUGCAUGUUAUAAAAAUAUGUAAAUUAAGAUCAAUGAUCAGUACUUUGUUAAAAAUUACACUGAAGCUCACUGCUAAUUUAUAACUAAUUUUUAACUACAUAAAAAUAGAGAUGUAGCGUAAAUUUAGUUGCAGACCUAAAUCAAAACUGUUUUUUCUUUUUGGAAGUAUUUAAUAAGUUAUAUACAUGUAAGGUUAAUUUUUACUCAGUAGUACAAACGAAUUCCUCCAGUGUAAACACUGACUGGGAAGGAAGCAGUUUUUGUUUCAUUAACAUUUGUUUGCUUGAGUCAUUAUUAUUGCUCAACCCCAGCAACUUUUGUGCUCUAAAUACUGUUGACGAUAAAUAAAGGAAAUUUAUUAGUAAUGAUAAUCAAAAACAACCACAACAGAAAAAGGUUUAAGUUAUAGGAUGUAGCCAAGCUAAAUUAUUCAUGACCAAGCAGUUUUCCCCUACAGUGAUACAUGACUGAUUAAAAUAUUUAAUAAUUUAUAUGGUUUUCUUAAAUUUUACAAAUAAAAAAUCAAAUAAAAAAUUUAAAACCUCAUUUAACUCUUCAGGGUAGUUGUAGUGGUUGUUGUCUGUUUUUCAGAGGUUGAAAUCUUGCAAAACAUAAGUUCAUAGCACAGAACUCCUACCUCGGGUAGGAGAGUGAGGCUGGGAACAAGGUUGAGCACAGAAUUGCUCAAAGUACAAAAUGACUGUUUUGGCUUACUUUUGACUACUUUGACCAAAAGUAUUUUAACCUAAUGAUCAUUUUGACUGAACUGCACAUUUCAUUCGGACAUAGGCACAGUCUCAUAACAUGUAGUUUACAAAAAGUCAAUCAGAUUGAAUGGAGCAGGAAAAUGGUCAGGCUUAUAACUAUAGUGAUAGGCAAUUACCUAUUAAUUUUUACGUUCUGCUAACCGUUACUCGUAUUUUGCACUAAUGUACAUUUAGAAUCCCAUACUUUAUUUCUCUGUGCUUGCUCAGUGGAGCGGAAUGUGGAAAUGGUACAUUUUUUGACAAAAUAAUUAUUAUUGUCACAAUGUUUUUAUUUAUUUAUUUAUUUUUUAAUUUAAUGGAACUUAUUUUGUUAUUGUUUACAGGAAAUGAGUUCAGGGGACACCAUCAAGCUGUUGAUUUGUGGAAGUGGAAAUGGGGCACAUGCCUUUGCUGGAAUUGCAUCGUCCUUGAAAGGAACAGAGGUUAGGGUGCUUAGCUUGUAUCAAGAUGAGGCAGAGCGUUGGAAUACUUCAAUGCAGAAAAAGGAUCUGGAGGUUACUCUGCAUCGUAAAGGAAAGGACACAACCUCUAUUCUUUCCAAACCAGCUCUGGUUACCAAAAAUCCAGAAGAUGCCAUGCGCGAUGUUGAUAUCGUGGUGUUUGUCUUGCCUGCAUUUGCUCAUCAAGUUUUCUUUGAGGCGAUAAAGCCACAUACGAAGCCUGGUACUAUUAUUGUUGGUAUGCCAGGGGAACCAGGUUUUGAGUUCCAGGCUCGCUAUGAGCUGGGUGACACAGGGCGACAAUGUACGAUUAUGAAUUUUGAGUCGCUACCUUGGGCCUGUCGCAUCACUGAGUAUGGAGUGAAAUGUGAAGUUCUUGGCACCAAAGAAUCUCUUUUAGGGGCCAUGAAGGUACAUUACAGAUAAAGAUAACUUUGUUGUCAUUUAAAACUAAGAGAAAUUAUGGAAUUUGUGAUCAGUAGUGGUUAGGCUCUUAUGUAAAACUGUACAUGUACUGUUUUUUUGUUUGUUUGUUUGUUUUGUUUGUUCGUUUGUUUGUUUUCUAACAGCGAAACUAAUUUCCAUCUCAGUUGCCUCUAAAUUCCCGUGGAUCCAGCUUACUUCCGUAAAUUAAUUGUCUAACCUGAAAAAAUUGGUCUGUUCUUACUAUACAAUACUUAUCAAAAGUUAAGUGUAUAAAUUUUUGCAAAAGCUUAUUACGCUAUUAAAGGCAACUGCAUAAUAUUAUGCUUGAAUAACUGAACAUCAAUACGCAAUCACGCAUACACAUGAAGUAUAAAACGUCAGUUAACUUUUUAUUAUUUUCAUUUUUGAUUUUUGGUUGUCUAUAAAGACGGGGGAUGUGCCGCCAAAGAAGGACCCAGUUGCGACACUGCAGACUCUCUUGGGACCCCUUCCUCAGCUGAAAGUGUCAGGUCAUUUACUUGGUGUUCAGCUAAUGAGUGUAAAUGCCUAUUUGCACACGUCAAUAACAUAUGGACAGUGGGAGGGUUGGGAUGGCAAAACUGUUGAUCAGCCACCUUUGUUCUACAAUGGACUUACCGAGGCAGCUGCUAACCUUCUUUCCGAUAUGUCUGACGAAAUUGUGAAGACUGCCAAGGUUAUUGCCGAGAAAUCGGGAGCCGACAUGUCAGAGGUAAAUUUCUACUUUGUUUCUCCUUUAUCGUUGAUCCCUUUGAAGUUUUGUGCCGUGUUUGAAGUAUUUAAAUUUUAAAAUUUUUUGUCCCCGCAGGGUUCCGGCCCAGAGGCCGGAACCCGAGAAGGCACCCUAAUGUCCCCCGCGUAAAGAAGAAGUAUCGUAUUACUGUUAGUUAUAUGCGAAGCUUUCCCGAUUUGAUGAAACUAGGCGCGCACGGUGGUCCAGGUUAAUUUUCAGCAUGUGCGCCUGGCUCAGCAACUGCGCAAACUGGGUUUGUCAACGAGUCGCAUUCGCCGAAUUGUGUCGCACACAAGCACAACAAGUGGCUCCAGAGGAUUUUCCACUGAAACUCCUCUAGAGCGAGAACGCCGACUUCAAAUUCAGCGUGAACAACGAAGGAGAAGACGUCAACAAGAAACCGCGGAGUAGAAGGAACAUCGAUGAGCACAGCGAAGGCAACGCCGACAACGUAACAACAGACAGAGGAACAGGAGAUUGGAAUCAAAGGAAUUAUGAUCGUUUUACACUGUCGAAAACCCAGAUUUCUUAGUUUGCCGGUUUCCCCGCAGAUAUAUAGAUCAAAGUCUGCAAAGUUUCAGCUCCGUAUUACGGCCCGAAUAAUGAUAAUUUUCAGGCGAACUGCACCGGGCCAUAUUUGUUCUUUGUUUUUGUCUUUUUCUAACUGCGGGCGGCGAAAUAAUGCUAAAUGUGCUUUUCAACACACUGUUAACAAUAACACUACAUAAUACGCAAAAAAGAAGAAGAAGAAAAGAAAGAACAACGUAGGGACUUUUAACACGAUAUUCGCGGUUGGUCACCCGUCCAGUUCGUAACCCCGACCGACAGGGCUUCACUUGAGUAUACAUAUUUCUAUAGGGUUAAAAAGUUAUUCAGCAGUACUGCAAUUGUUUGGUAUUAAAGAACUUGAUUUGUCAGACACAAAUCAGCAACGUGGAUCGACAGAACUUUGAACUGGUUUUGUCAUCGUGGAUCGACAAACUCGAUUCAAACCACAUCAGGAAUAGCUCAAAUUUCUCAAAACCCAGUCAAAGACAAGAAAGGUGCUAUCGUGAAAUAACCGGGUUUUGUUCUAUAUUAAGGUAUUCAGGGUUUAAUAAACAGUGGUCCAUGUGUUUUUAGGGUUAGUUUAUUGCGAAAUCCCGAUUAUUUUAUUUGAUACAAGGACAUGCCAGAAAAAAUGAACUGGGAAAUAUCUCAAAGGUGAGAAACUUGAAACAGUGGUCCAUGUUUUUGUAGGGUUAGUUUAUUGCGAAAUCAUUUAUAUCAGUUGCGUUCGACGUUGCGUUCAAGAAUGUCACACUCGAAGCCAAAGCAUCCGUUCGACACAUUAGUUAUAGGAAAUUUAGUUACAAAUAGAUAAUUAAAGAUGGUUUUGCUGUUUAACACGCGUUCUAUUACAUUUGCAGUGUUGAUUGAACUCAUUAUGAGAUGUAUAAAAAACAAUUGUCCAUCCAAGGCAUGUCAUGUAUGAGGAUUUUCAUUAACCCAGGAAACAAAGUGUAAUAAUUGAGAAAACACAAAAGGGAACAAAAGAAUUACACUCAGAAACUCUAAUACGAAAACUGCAUUUCAAAGGUUCAUGGCAAAUACAUGGACAACACAAGGAGUCUUCAUUCGGGUUUUAAAAGGUCGGGGGCAGAUUUAGUGACAACUAUAACUAGUAAUAUUGGAUUCUGGCUUUGAAUGUAUGAAUGUAUUUUAUUGUUGUGUUUACAAUGAAGUACGAUACCUAAACCGGCGAUUCAAUACAACAACAUAAAAUAAAAUAAACAAAAAAGCUUAGGUCAACUACUUUGACCUACUGCAAGUAUGUUAAUUAAUAAGGUGAGCGAUGAUGCAUGUCAGUGAAAAUGGUCAUGAUGUAGUAAUCUCAAUAGGUGGGAUCUUUUUUAAUAGAACGCUGUCUAGAACGCUUUGUAUGUUGCAUGACGAAGAAAAGCUGAGCAUUCAGUGACCUUGUAGUAGCGAUUUCCGCCGCUUUGCACGAGACUUUGUUCGUAGUAAAUACGCUAACAGUGCUUCUCAGUUUUUGUUAUAUUUUUAAAGAUUUUGUUCGACGACUGAAGGCGUUUCCGCCGUCUUUCUGUCAUUUUUAUGCCUGUGAAAUGUCCCCGGGGUGGGGGCAUUUGAUCACCUGAAUGAACCCUAGUAUGGGGCAUUUGAACGGCAUUUUGGCCCAAGUAGGGGGGAAUUUGAACAUUAAAUUUUCAAAAAAGUCAAAUGCCCGGGGGGUUGCCUGGGGGAGGGGAUGUUGAAGCUUCGAUUUGACCCAUACAUAAAGAUCAGUUUAAUGUCAAGGGCUUUGCACUUAGCCUAGUCUGGGACACUGGCCUCGCUUUGAAACAGAGGCUUGGGGCAACUCAGAAAUAGUCUAUUCUACGUGUUUUAUUUGUAAAUAUGUAAGUCGUUUACAAAUAUACAUAAAGACUUGUAAUAACCAGAGGUUACGGAGUGUGGGCGACAACGAUCUAAAGUCAAAGGCAUUUGCUCCAACGCAGUGAGUGCUUUGCGUAGGUUUCUUGUGACAUAUGGUCAAGGCACGCGUGUUUUAGAUUACGAGGGGUAGGAGGUCGAAACGCGCGUGAUCAAACUGCGUUCUGUGCAUUCCAUUCAUUCUUAGUGGAAGUCCAAACAAAUGCUGGCUCAUACAUGCGACGCAUGCAUAAUAACAACCAGGAGAUUAGGAUUGCGGGCUCCUCUUGUCGCCCGCAAAAAUCAGUCCAAGGACGCUACCUUGUGGUACUUCUCCCUUCACCUGUUGCAGGUCUAACAAAAUCAAUCGCUUUUGUUUCUUCAGAGUAGGACAAAAACCCGUGGCUUUUACUUAACGUAAAUCGUAUCGCAGUGGGUACGAGUCACGCCACGCACUGUUAGGUAGCCUGUGCUCAAUGCAGGAAAAAAAGAAUCCAAACAAAGCUAAAUUCAUAGCUAUAUUCUGAUUCCUUACCUUAAGCUAUCUGUGUCUUAUGAUUGUUUUCUUAUCUCUCUUUGUCUUUAAUAUCACAUUCCUGAAUCCCACCUCCUCCGUAAUUGAAUGUUUGCUGCUCAAAUGUUAUGGGCUGAUACAGAUACGUUAUAUCUUCUGACAGGUUGUUAACAUUUAUUAUUGGUACAUGCGAUGCUAUCCAGAAGAUAUCUCAGAUAAGACUAAUCUCUACACUGCAAUACAAACCAAUGCCGCGUACCAAGGGCUCAAACAUCCUGUCAAGAAGUCGGACGACGGCAAAUAUCUACCAGAUUUCACGUACCGUUACAUGACGGAGGAUAUCCCAUACGGCUUGGUUGUCAUCCGGGGUAUUGCCGAAAUUGUAGGGGUUGAGACGCCCAAUAUUGAUAAGGUGUUGCUGUGGUCUCAGGAGAAAAUGGGCAAAGAGUAUCUGGUGAACUCAAAGAUACAAGGCAAAGAUGUCGAGAAGUCCCGAGCGCCACAGAGAUAUAAAUUUACCACUCUUGAAUCCAUCUUAUAGAUUUUAAUACACCCGUUUGUUAGUAGAUGAACAGAAUUUAUUUGUGAUUUUCUUCGCAAUAAGCGGCAUUCUGUCAAAAAAAUGUGAUCUCAUUAGCGGGACUACUUAUUAUAACUUCGGACCGGCUGAGUAACGAAGGUGUGCAACGGUUAGACAAGUCGUAUUGAUCAAUUUUAAAGAUCUUAAUAUAAGAAGCCAGUAUCUAGCCCGUCCAGAGGUUUAUCCUUGAAGUGGAACAGAGUAUAUUACAAAUCCCUACUUUUUUUUUAUGUUAGAAUCCGAGUUAGAGAUUCUUUUUGAUGACCAUAUAAAUAUCUUGAGUAAACAAUCCAAAGUGGUGAUCAUCUUGGUGUGAAUGCUUUCUUAUUCAAAGUGGUUCGAUGUAAUGGGGGGUGUAAAAACAUUAAGUGAUUGGGAACUCAGAGAGCGUAUUAUUGACUUCAGGGUUGAUGACUUAAUACUGAUUUAUAUUUUAAUGGGGUCGGGAAAAAAGACACUCGUUAAUGCGUUUUCGUUGAUAAUU